GGCUUGAUUAGUUUUUUCUAUCUCACUUUGCUUUUCCCCACCUUCUCUGAGAGGGCUGUGUUAAGACAUCUGUGCUCGGUGUACCUGUGCACACCUGCUGCUAAGCCUGUCCUGGGAGGCUGGGCAGGAGGUGGGCUGCCUGUGCAAUAUUUACCCCCAGAUCAGGUUAUCUGUUAUUUGUGUGGAAGGCUUAAAGCUCCCUGGGCAAUUUGGACAAGAGGUUUGUUCCUUAGAAACCUUCCAAAAAUCCUCAUGGAAGAUGUGCUGUGCAUUCCUGCAGGGCUCCUCAUGGCUUUGCUCCACCCCUUUGGUCCUCCUAUGGAUGCGUGCAGGGAUGGGCAGGGGAAAAGGAGAUGCAAGCAGUGUCCUGAGAAAGGAAAUGUCUUACUGCUUCACCCUAGAUGGAGAAGUGGGAAGGCUAAAAGACAAUAGCAAUGACUACUGACAUGGUCUGAAUACAUUGUUUUUGCAUCAUAUAAAUCGGAGAGAUUUAUCUGCAUUUUGCAGGCUGGGGAAUACAUCAGUAUUCAUUUUAGCCUCUGAAAAAAAAUAUAAUAUUUGGUCUCGGGAGAAAUGCUGGGAUAUAUCCCCUGUGGGGUUUACUGGAAUAAUGCUCUUUAUUCUGCAGAAAGCCCUGCAGUAGGGGAAUCCUCUGUACCCUGGCUGCUUUGAAUGUCCUAUUGUGCAGUAAACUAAUGAAAAGAUACUUGGUUCCCUCUGGUUACUGCUUAACAAGCUCCAGUGUAUCCAGAACAUUCAAACAACCACUGUUGGCUACCUAGAUUAUUUCUUUCUCAUGCAUCAGUUAAUUAUCAAAGAAAAAUUGUUGUAUGUUGUUACAGCCUUUAAAACUCCUUUUCUGCUGUGCUUUAAUCUUAAAUUCUUGCUCUUUCCUCUUCUGCCUCCCCCUUUACCUGAUUAGAUGGUUUUCCCCCGCCUCAAUCAUGGAUUUCUGGCUAACGAUCAGCUUGUCUUUAGCCGGCGAGUGCUCAAGGUAGACUUAGCAAAUCUGCAGCCUCUGGUUUGCUGUGAUUCUUUGAGUUGCUUUUGUUUCUUCUUUCUGGCUGAUAGUGCACCAUUGCUAUUUUAAAUUGCUGCUACUGUGGCUAUGUUCCAGGUUGCUUGUUGGAAACGCGCUUGAGUGAAACCCCGUUGGAAUUUAAGGGGAGUUUUGUCAUAGUAAAGAGACCUAAAAGUGACGGGGUUUAGCACUUGGUCCUUUGUGGGAGUUGGGAAUCAAGCAGCAAAGUCUUAUAAAACCUGAUAUGAACAGUACUGGUAUUGUAAAAUAAAAUGCAUUAAAACUAGGGUUGUCUCUACUCUAAAUUCGUACUCUAAACGUGAUGUUUUAAUUAGGCAAAAUUCAGUGGGAGACUCUUGACAUAAUUGGUUGCAGUGUUCAGCAUUUGCAUAAUUUUAAAAAGAAUCCUACUGCAAGUGAUUUAGGAGCACAGAUCUUGUUGAAAGGCCAUGGGAUUUGUGCUGCUAAGUCACUUAAGGACUUCUGAAAAAUCCCACUUGUCCCUGAUUUGAGGGUGGACCACAUAUUAAAUACAACGCUCUUACUGCCUCAGUGGUGACCCUUCCAGAUGUUGCUAAAAGAUUUAUGAGGCGGCCUUUCCACGAGCCUUUCCAUUGUGCAGCCGCAUGGAUGUGCCCGGCCAUAGCCCUGGGGCUGGGCUGCGGCGGUGGGUCAGGAGCCGAUAAUGGGGUGGUGGCGCCCCGUGGGGUGCUCCCCUCCGGGGCCACCUACCAAACCCUCGCAGCCACAUGGAGGUACAGCUGCUGCUUUCUUCUUUUGCAUCCAAGCAAUGCAGGGUGCGAGCUAUGCUGGAUGUUAAUCUAUGACACUGGCUGUAUAGAAAGGAUAUAACUAAGCGCUACUUUUUGUUUGUGUGGGGGUUUGUUGGUGUGAUGCACUAAGCUAUGGAAGUGUGUGCAUGCUCCAUGCCAGCAUGUUGUUGGGUCUGGGUUAUUUCUGGGCACCGUAGAAUUGGUAGUUUCUGUGUAAGCAGUUGCUGGGCAAGGGUUUAAUGAGAUACAACCUCGUUGGAAGGCAAUGAGCAGAAUUCUGGUGAAGGAACCAGACCUAAAGGGUGUGAAUCAGCCAUGAGCUCACUUCCAACCUUCCCCAUUGAAUUACAUCUCUGUGGGCCAGCAGAGGCCAAGGUGCUGGUGGCCCAGGGAUCCAGUGCAUGUGUUGCAGGCACCUCGCGGCCACCGCUUGACAACGCCGCUUCCUCUCACCAUGUCUGUGUGAACUUCUUCCAGGGUGAUCAAGGUCGAGAUGGAGCCACUGGCCCCCCUGGUCCGCCAGGACCCCCAGGUGCUCGGGGGCCUCCUGGUGACACGGGAAAAGAUGGCCCAAGAGGACCUCCAGGCCCCCCUGGUUUCAAAGGCGAGCCGGGAGAGGACGGCCUCGUGGGUGCCAGGGGACCUCCAGGACCAAAGGGUGAACCUGGUUUCCAAGGGAAAAAGGGUGAUGACGGGAUGCCUGGGGAACCAGGACUUAUGGGCCCUAAGGGAGAAAAAGGCAGCGCGGGACCCAAGGGAGAGAACGGCACAGAUGGCUUGCCAGGACCCAAGGGUGAACCUGGUGAGAAGGGAGGAGUUGGCUCCAUUGGACCCCGGGGUCCCCCCGGCCUGAAAGGGGAACAGGGUGACACCGUAGUGAUCGACUACGACGGCCGAAUCCUGGAUGCGCUGAAGGGCUCGCCGGGUCCCCCAGGGCCACCGGGCCCCCAAGGUGCUCCAGGUCCCAAGGGAGAGCUGGGCUUGCCGGGUCCCCCUGGACUGGAUGGUGAGAAGGGUCCAAAAGGAGCGAAGGGUGACCAGGGCAGCGCAGGGAUCACAGGACAGAAAGGAGAGACAGGAGAAAUGGGCUUAGCGGGUCCGCCGGGAGCAGAAGGGCCAAAAGGAGAUAAAGGAGAAAAAGGAGACACCGGGUCACCGUGUUUGCAGAAUAAUCAUAUCAUACCUGAGCCUGGACCCCCUGGAUUACCUGGCCCUAUGGGUCCUCCAGGAAUCCAGGGGCCUAAAGGCUUGGAUGGUGCAAAGGGAGAAAAAGGUGACAGCGGUGAGAAAGGGGACCACGGUGACACAGGACCUGCUGGUCUCCCGGGAGCUCCAGGGCUCAUCGGUUUACCCGGUACCAAAGGAGAGAAGGGAAAGCCAGGGGAGCCAGGAUUGGACGGUUUCCCAGGUCUCAGAGGAGAGAAAGGAGAGAGAAGUGAAAGAGGCGAGAAGGGUGAGCGAGGAUUACCGGGGAGAAAAGGAGCCAAAGGGCAGAAGGGGGAACCAGGCCCUCCGGGACUGGACCAGCCUUGUCCUGUGGGCCCAGACGGACUGCCAGUAGCAGGAUGUUGGCAUAAGUGAUCUCUAACCACGAAGCACAAUAUGUAAAUAAUGUGAUAUAUUUUGAUCUUUUUAAUUUUUGUAUAAAAAAAGGAAAAAAAAAACUUUCAACAGUAAUAUAUUGACCUUUUUUUAUACUGGAUUCUGUCAUUUAUGG